AUGAAGGAAGACAGGAUGAAUGUGACUGAGUUCAUUCUCCUGGGACUAACCCAGAAUCCUCAAGUGCAGAGAAUUCUAUUUGUGGUGUUAAUCGUUGUCUACAUUGUCACAGUCUCUGGCAACCUGCUCAUUGUGGUCACUAUUAUCUGUAGCCAGACAUUGGACUCCCCAAUGUGCUUCUUCCUGGCCUUCCUAUCUUUGAUAGAUGCGUGUUAUUCCUCUUCCAUAAUCCCUAAAAUGUUAGCUGACUUAUUCUCUGACUCAAAAGCUGUCUCCUUCGAUGACUGCAUGAUACAGCUCUUUGUUGAACAUUUCUUAGGUGCGUCAGAGAUUGUCCUCCUGGUGGUCAUGGCCUACGACCGCUAUGUGGCCAUCUGUAGGCCUCUGCACUAUGUGACCAUCAUGAACCAGCGCAUAUGCCACAUCCUGGUGGGGGUGUGUUGGAUGGUGGGUUUUCUCCAUUCUUUUGGACAGAUUCUAGUGACAUUCUGGCUCCCAUUUUGUGGCCCCAAUGUCAUGGAUCACUUCAUGUGUGACAUUUUCCCUUUGAUACAACUUGCCUGCACUGACACCUUUCUUGUUGGUCUCUUGGUCGCAGCUAAUGGUGGGGUAAUCCCUGUGAUCACCUUUCUAAUGCUUUUGGUCUCCUAUGUGGUGGUUCUGUGCUCUUUGAAAGCUCACAGCUCUGCAGGGAGGAAAAAGGCCCUCUCUACCUGCACUUCCCACAUCACAGUUGUUGUUUUGUUCUUUGUGCCCUGUAUUUUUAUGUAUCUGAGACCAGUAGCCACCUUUCCCAUGGAUAAAGCCAUAGCAGUAUUCUAUACCCUUGUUACUCCCCUGCUGAACCCGGUUAUCUACACAGUGAGGAAUGCGGAAGUUAAAAAUGCCAUUAGGAUGUUAUUAAACAGAAAUGCAAUUUCAAAUAUAAAAUGA